AUGCCGCAGAUUCACAGCUCUUACAGUAAAGAACCAGGUCCUGAGGUGACUGUGCCGCAGAGUCACAGCUCUUACAGUAAAGAACCGGCUCCUGAGGUGACUGUGCCGCAGAGUCACAGCUCUUACAGUAAAGAACCGGCUCCUGAGGUGACUGUGCCGCAGAGUCACAGCUCUUACAGUAAAGAACCGGCUCCUGAGGUGACUGUGCCGCAGAGUCACAGCUCUUACAGUAAAGAACCGGCUCCUGAGGUGACUGUGCCGCAGAGUCACAGCUCUUACAGUAAAGAACCGGCUCCUGAGGUGACUGUGCCGCAGAGUCACAGCUCUUACAGUAAAGAACCGGCUCCUGAGGUGACUGUGCCGCAGAGUCACAGCUCUUACAGUAAAGAACCGGCUCCUGAGGUGACUGUGCCGCAGAGUCACAGCUCUUACAGUAAAGAACCGGCUCCUGAGGUGACUGUGCCGCAGAGUCACAGCUCUUACAGUAAAGAACCGGCUCCUGAGGUGACUGUGCCGCAGAGUCACAGCUCUUACAGUAAAGAACCGGCUCCUGAGGUGACUGUGCCGCAGAGUCACAGCUCUUACAGUAAAGAACCAGGUCCUGAGGUGACUGUGCCGCAGAUUCUGGCCUCUGAAGUGUUGCUGCUGGAUCCAGCUCUUUUGCCCAUUGUAUUCGGAGGACAUGUAAUGUGUAGCUGCCCAUUGCACAUGACGGUGGUGGUUGCUCCUCAGCGCGGGUGCAGUAUAUGGGGAAAUCAGAGUGUGCGUUCUUACUUUGAAAAAUCCCCUUAA